CUUUGAGAGCGUUGCUCGUGUAGAAGAGGCUCUGAACGGCGAGCUGAUGAACGAAGACAUCCGUAUCCACAGCUGGCCUUGUUCUUACUACUUGGGCACCAGCAAACAAUGGGUCUCUGGCAGACUCUCGCUGACUCCUGUUGCCAUCAAAUUUACAGCUGACAAAACUGGGGAGCUUUUGGUCAACUUCCAUCUUUCUAGUAUCAGUGAGAUCAAGAAGGAAUCGUCAAAUUUAAUCUUCAGCUCUCUUACCAUCUUGGAGAAGAACACCAAGCACUGGUUCAGUUCUCUGCAACCCAACAGAAAUGUGGUAUUCAACAUCCUUGAGCACUUCUGGAGGGAGCAGUUGCUGUCGAGCCAAGGUGCGGGAGCAGAAGCAGCAGCUUUGCAGUCAACAAAGGGAAAAGAACUGACUGGGUUAUUGACCGGAUCACAGAAACGCCUGGAGGACACAGCAAAAGUGCUGCAUUACCAGGGGGAGCAGUUUGAUAACAUCAUGAAAGGACUCAACAAGAUCGAAGGGGAUAUGGAUGUAGCAGACAGGUUGUUGACUGAACUCGAAUCUCCUUCUUGGUGGCCAUUUAGCAGCAAGCUCUGGAAAGCGCCACUGGAAACCAAGCCAAAGGAAACUGCUACAGUUUCCGAUUCGAAGAACCAGGAAGGAAUCAUAAUUAGAAUUCCCGUUAUUAUCACCCACAGAACGGACUCAAAUGUCAAGCCAGGAAAACUCACGCUCUUUGCUUCUGGCCUGGAAAUCAGUGACUGCAAUUCUCAGGUCAUUCACCGGUUUGAAUCGAAGGAUGUCGAUGAUAUCAGAGUUCAUACGCCAUAUGAAAUCAGUGUCCGUCAGAGAUUUAUUGGGAGGCCCGACACCUCUUACCGGCUCUUAUCAGCAAAGAUGCCAGAAGUAAUCCCUGUCUUGGAGAUGCAGUUUAGCAAGAAGAUACAGUUUUUAGAAGAUGCCCUAGGAUUCGUUGGUGCCAGGAAGUCUCCUCAGGUAGAUUUGGGGACCUCCAUUUGGCAAGCAG